UCUCCCCACUAACCCACCCACCUCCACUGGGCCCUACCCAACCUACAACAUGGUUGGUGAAACCCAUCUCUAUCUCUCUCUCCAAAACCACGCCCAAUCUUAGUAUAACAGAACUUCCGAUUACCUUCUUUGUACUUACAAACAUCGCAUACUGGCUCUCUGCAAUUUUCCCAGCUAAAAAUUUAUCGAAAUUUUCAUUGCCAUGCCGUCGGAACAUGCGGCUCCUGAGACGCCCCCAAAUUUCUGGGGCCACAUGCCCGAGGAAGAGUAUUACAGCUCGCAGGGCGUGCGGAACACCAAGUCCUACUUCGACACCCCCAACGGCAAGAUCUUCACCCAAAGCUUCCUUCCCUUGAAUACACAAAAUGUCAAAGCCUCAGUCUUCAUGACCCACGGCUAUGGCUCCGACACCGGCUGGCUCUUCCAGAAGAUCUGCAUCAGCUACGCCAAUUGGGGUUACGCCGUUUUCGCCGCCGAUCUCCUCGGCCACGGAAGAUCCGAAGGUCUCCGCUGCUACCUCGGUGACAUGGAAAAGGUCGCCGCUACGUCCCUUUCCUUCUUCCUACAUACCCGCCGCAGCGAACCCUAUAAAAACCUCCCCGCCUUUCUCUUCGGCGAGUCAAUGGGUGGAGCCGCGACCAUGCUAAUGUACUUUCAAUCGGAACCCGACACGUGGACGGGCUUGAUCUUCUCGGCCCCACUAUUCGUCAUGCCGGAGAACAUGAAGCCCAGCAAAGUCCGGUUAUUCGUGUACGGUAUGCUUUUCGGGAUCGCCGACACGUGGGCGGCCAUGCCGGACAACAAGAUGGUCGGAAAAGCGAUCAAGGAUCCGGAAAAAUUAAAGAUUAUAGCGUCGAAUCCUAUGAGGUACACGGGAAAGCCAAGAGUGGGAACUAUGAGGGAGCUGGCUCGUGUGUGCCAGUACAUACAGGAUAAUUUCGGGAAGGUAACGGCGCCAUUUUUGACGGUGCACGGGACAUCAGAUGGGGUGACGUGCCCGACCUCGUCGGAGAUGCUCUACGAGAAGGCAGCGAGCGAGGAUAAAAGCUUGAAGCUUUACGACGGAAUGUACCACUCGUUGGUACAGGGGGAGCCGGAUGAGAAUGCUAAUCUUGUAUUGAAGGAUAUGAGGGAGUGGAUCGACGAGAGAGUUGAGAGGUACGGAUCCAAAAAUCCCCUUCCUUAAAAUGCCACGUGUGUGUUUUACUUCUUUUGAAAAAAAAUAAAAAACAGAGGAAGAAGAGAGAGAUAUGAUAAAAAAAACAAAUGUAAUAAAGUGAUGAACUCUAAUGUUGUAUUCCAUGUAAGAAUUCAAUUACCUUGUCUUC